UAAAAAUAAAUAAAAAUAAAAUUGAAAAAAUCGAAAAAGAUCUCCCUUCCAUUUCCCACUUUCCUCUUCCUUCCUCCCAUCUCUCAUUCCCCCCCUCUCUCUCUUCAAUCACUCCCUCAACCAUGGUUCCCAUCGUCCUCACCCAACUCGCCACCGGCCUCAGCGUCCUCGCCGGCGCCGUCCUCGUCAAGUCCGUCAUGGACCACAAGCCCAUGGCCGGCUCCUUCCCCCGCUGCCCUUCCUGCAACGGCACCGGCCGCGUCCCCUGCCUCUGCUCCCGCUGGUCCGACGGCGACAUCGGCUGCCGUACCUGCUCUGGCUCUGGCCGUAUGUUCUGCAGCAGCUGUGGCGGCUCCGGCACUGGCCGCCCUAUCCCCGCUCAAAUCUCCGUCCGCCGAUCCAAUUAUCCUUCAUCUUCUUCCUGAUUCGCGUUCUCACUACUCUAAUAUUUCCUUAUCUCCAUCAUUAAUUAAUAGGGCACAAAAAAGGGGAAAAAAAAAAAAAAAACUCUGUAAUUGGGAGUUCUUGAAAUUGAGGCGUUUCACUCAAUUCAGAUUCGUAUAGAAAUCGAUACUUCUCUUUAUACUAAUUUUUAUAAUUCUUUGUUUA